AUGUCGUCCGCGCGCGCGCCCGUUGACGCUCGCGCGGGCGUGGAAACGUCGAAAGAUGAUGCGCACGUCUCGGCUGUCGUGCGAACGGAUGACGACGACGAUGGGUUCCGUGACGACGCCGUGACGCCCGCGGUGACGCAGGCGCGCGCGGCGCAUCACGGUCGUGCGCUGCGCACGGCGAGCGCGAACGGAAGAACGUGGACGACGGGACGGAAACGACGACGGAGCGAACUCGGGCCGUUGGGGACGAUGGGAGACCUGAAGACGACGCCGAUGCAAACGCCGAGAGUAGAGAGCGACGAUGUCGGGCUGGGAGGGUUCAACAUCGCGAAACGUCGGUCUAUGAGCGCGUGUAAGAGCGUGGACGUCGCGGGUGGGAGCGCGGGGGGGUCGAUUGGGAGGGAACGCCGGCGGCGGACGCGGCGGGAUUCGAGUUCGGCGCGCGCGUCAGGAGGGAAGCGAGGGACUGUGGAUGAUGACGAUGGCGACGGGAAUGAAACGCCGGGGUUCGAGGAAGACACGCCGAGGAGUGAGUGGGGAGGGAUGUCGCCGGGAGAGUACGGAGGGUCGCAGUACGUCAUAUCGCCGGCGCGCGAAUUUUCGCAGUGCGAUAGCGACGAAGAUCGGACGGCGAGAGCGAGGGCGGAGAAGAUUCGCGAUGAUGAGUGUAAGAGGGAUGCUGCAGCAGCACGCGUUCAGGCGGAAAAGGAUCGGCAGCUCAAGUUAUAUCCAAUCUUUCGCACGGGUCAGAAGAAGGUGCACUUGGUUCGUCACGGCCAGAGUACGUGGAACGCCGCGAAUUCGGGCCCGGGGUCCUGGGACGAGCCAAAGAUGUUCGACGCCGCGCUGACCGAGCUGGGAAGGAAGCAAGCGAAGGCUUUAGGCAUGGCUCUUUCGAAGAUGCCGAAAAAUGCGCUUUGGAUCACGUCACCUUUGACGAGGGCGAUAGAGACGUGCAUCAUCGGACGCAAGGCGGCGCUCGAGGCGAAAGCGGCGGAACUGAACAAGGCUCAGCGCGGCGGAGCGAACGUCGCGGACGAUGCCUCACCGGACGAGAAUGUCGACGACUUAAAUACACCGUUGAGUACUUCGUCAAAGAAGGCUUUCAACCCCGAGCGGGAAUUUGAAGAGUGGACAAGCCGACUCAUGAUUCGCGAAGAAUUGACUGAGAAACUCAGCUGCUCGGGAGACGUCGGUCGUCCCAGACGCUGCCUUGAGGCGGAAUUUCCGGAAUUAGAAUUAGCACUAUCUAGAAUCCCUGAAGAUCGCUGGUGGUGGGAGGGUUGCGAACAUAGGCCCAACGACGCACAGUCAGAACAGUUCAAGUCUCUCGAGCCGCAGACGAACUUCAAGCGCCGCGUCGCGCGUUUCCGCGACUGGCUCCUCAAGCGACCGGAGGAAACGUUUGUGGUCUUCGGACACUCCACAUUCUUCAAGGAGUUUUCCAAGUCAGAGCGAAGCAUGAAGAAUUGCGAGAUUCACGAGAUGCGCUUGUAG